GACGUCACCACCGCCGCCAUGACGGAGCCGCUCGGCGCAGAUCGUGCACCGUGACACCUCCGAAUAAAGCGGCGAUUUUCUGCACAAAACGGACCCACCCCGGACUAAAGUCGAUGCUCCGCCGAAUACAUAUCUUGGCUCUGCAGAAUGUCCAAGAUCAGGAGGAAGGUGACAGUGGAGAAUUCUAAGACGAUUUCGGACUCGAGCGCCGUGCCCCUCCCCCCCACGUCCCGCCGCCCCAGUGUGUUUGAGAGGCUCGGACCGAGCACCGGCGCCGCGGCUCCAGAGAGUCAGUGCAGAAAUUGGCUGAAAACUGGGAACUGCAGCUACGGAAACACUUGUCGUUACACACAUGGCCCUCAGCCCCGAGGCAAAUUCAGCUUCAGCCUGUCAGCAGAGAGGCCCACUGGAGAUCUGCGCGAGAGGAUGAAAAAUAAGAGACAGGAUGUGGAUUCAGACAAUUUAAAACGCGACGCAGACGAACCACAAACCGCCACUACAAGAAGAGACUCGUCCAGAGGCAGACACAGGGAGAAGGAGGACAUAAAAAUCACUAAAGAGAGAACUCCAGCCAGUGAAGAAGAAGCUCCAGAGUGGGAGGCCACCAGAGAAGACUCAGAUAUCGGAGACUACGACUACGAGCUGUCUCUGGAGAUGAAGAGGCAGAAGAUCCAGAGGGAGCUGAUGAAGCUGGAGCAGGAAAACCAGGACAAAAGAGAAGAAAUCACCAUCAAGAAAGACGAGACGCAGAAGAGCAGAGGCCCAGCAGUCACCAAGACGUCCCCAGAGCCGAUGAGCUCCAAAGACUCUCCGACCAGGAAGUCCAGCGGCUCCCCCAAACACAAAGGGGGCGCCAAAACCAGCGGCUCUGGAAAGAAGGAGAAGAAGACGUCCGUGUCCUCCCCCAUCGCAGAGAGUUCCAGGUCGUCUAAAGGAGGCCACAGUAAAAAGAAAGGCCCGCGCACGCCGAGCCCGCCGCCGCCCGUGCCCCUGGAGCUGCCCGUCACAGGAGCAGGAGGAGGGAAAAAACACAAAACCAAACACAAGAACAAAGAAAAGUCUGAGGAGAAAGUCAAAGAGAAAGAGAGAGACGGAGAGAAACACAAAGAGAAGAAAGACAAACGCAGGGAUCGCUCGGACAGUUCCCAUAAGGCCAAGCGUGUGGUGACGUCAGAGGAGCGAUCGGGAAGCGCGUCUCCUCCUCCCGCUCGAAAGAAAUCCGCCUCCCCCAAAACCGCCGUCGGCAAAGGCCCCGCCCACAGCAGCUCGCCGCCGCACAGGUACAGAUCGGUGUCUCCUCCUCACCACCGCUCCCCCUCCUCUCGCUCCGGCUCUUCCGCCCAGCGUCGCUCCUCCUCCCCCCUCCAGGACUCCUCCCCUCCUCCCCCCCGGCGCUCCGACCGAGGAAGUCCUGGAAGGAGGCACUCGCGGGGACGAGAGAGGGACCGGAGCAGGGACCGGAGCCGGGAUAGAAGCAGGGACCGGAGCCGGGAUCGGAGCAGGGACCGGAGCAGGGACAGGAGCCGAGACAGGAGCCUUGACAGGAGCAGAGACAGGAGCCGUGACAGGAGCAGGGACAGGAGUAGAGACAGGAGCAGGGACAGGAGCCGGGAUCGGAGCAGAGACCGGAGCAGGGACAGAAGUAGAGAUCGGAGCAGGGACAGGAGCAGGGACAGGAGUCGGGAAAGGAGCAGGGACAGGAGCCGUGACAGGAGCAGAGACAGGAGCAGGGAUAGAAGCAGGGACAGGAGCCGUGACAGGAGCCGAGACAGGAGCAGGGACAGGAGCAGAGACAGGAGCAGAGGGGAGCGAGAGCGCAGAGAUGAAAGCCGCUCCAAACGGGACAAAGAUCUGGGCCGCGACGAUCGUCACUACGACUCGGAAGGACGAGAGCGUCGGGAGUCGAACCGGGAAGCUCGUGAUAACCGUGAGCGAGAGAGUCAGAGGGACGGAGGAGCGGAACGGAGAGACAAGGAGCGAGAGCGAGAGAGGAAGGAGGAGGCGGAGGAGAGGAGCUACACCAGAGCUCACAGAGGAGACGAGAGAGACCGAGGAGAGAGGAGCGGACGCAUCAGAGCACGAAACGAACCGCAGGACAAAGGCUCCAACAGAAACUCCAGAAGUUCUCAGCUGGAGAGCCACGAGAGCUGGGACUCACGCAGCAGUGGGACCUUAGACCGAGGACCAGACCGGAACUCGGACCGGGGCCUAGACCGAGGACCAGACCGAGGCCUCGACCGCGGUCCAGAAAGAGGAUCCGAGAGAGACCGGUACGACUCAGACCGCAGGGACCAGAGGGACCAGAGAGACCAGGGCCGAGACUCGUCCUACGACCGAAGAGGAGGACACCAGGAGCGAGAGAGGAGGGACAGAGAGCAGAGAUCUCCUCCGAACCGCCACCAGAGCCGAACCGACGACUGCGAACGAGAGCGAGACGACAGGAGAGGAGAGAGGGAUGAGCGCAGGGAGAGGGAGAGAGAGAGGGAGCAGAGGGAGAGAGAGAAGGAGCGAGAGGCCGAGCGAGAGCGAGCGAGGGAGAGGGAGCAGAGGGAGCAGAGGGAGAGAGAGAGGGAGCAGAGGGAGAGGGAGAGAGAGAGGGAACAGAGAGAGAGGGAGAGGGAGGAGAGGGAGAGAGAGAGGGAGAGGAAGGAGAGGGAGGAGAGGAGAGAGAGGGAGCAGCGGCAGAGGGAGUGGGACGACCGAGAGCGGAGGAGAGGGGAGGAGAGAGAGGAGAGAGGGACGAGAGACGACCGAAAAACCAGCAGGAAGCGUCACCGCGCCGACGGGAGCCAGAGUCCGCGCUCUUCGCCCAAACGCCCGGCCCGCGACGCCCGAGACGCCAGCCCCAACGACAGCGACGAGGACAAAAGUGAGCGUCUGAUUGGUCGAGGGAAGACCAAGCCCCUCCCACCCAGCCCCCAGUGCCCGCCUCCAUCUGACAGUGAUAAACAUCGUCUGCUGAGUCAGGUGGUGCGACCCCAGGACCCGCCGCUCCGCUCGCCGUCCAGAACCGCCGCCGCCUUCGAGGACGAGCGGCGAGGAGGAGGAGGCACCGAGAAACGAGCGGAUGCACGGAACCGCCACGAAGAACCCGAAACCCGCCCCCGACCCGGCGAGCGGCGAGGAGAACGCGACCCCGAACCCAUCCAGGAAACACGGAGCAGAACCCGAGAGCCGCGCCAGUCGCCGACGCCGAUCAUGGACGACUCCGGGUCGCACGACGAGGCCAAGAAGAAGGGCAAGUCCCAAAAGAAAGCGCUGAAGAAGGGGAGGAAGGAGGAGGAGAUGGGCGUGAAACCGGCGGCGGCGAACGUGAACGCCGACUCGUCAAACUCCGACCAACAUUCGCCGCGGAAAGGAGCGAAGAAGAAGGCGCUGGAUCGAAAGAGGAAGAGGGGAGGAGGAGAGUCCGACGUCUCCGAGGACGAAAUGGCGAACAAACGUAAACGAGGACCCAAGACGCCGCCCAAAAACCUGUCGCCGCUGCAGAAGAUGGACCACUUCAGCGACUGGUCGGACGAGGAGGUGACGGAGAGCGUGUCCGAGCGGCGAGUGGGAGGAGCCAGGCCUGGGAGAGAGCGCGAGAGGGACAGAGGUGUCAAUCCUCCUCCUCUGCUCUCGCAAGACGCCGCCAUUUUGAUCCCGAGUUUAACGCCGCAGCCGCUGAUGUCACAACCGCUGCUACGGAAACCACCAGGAGACAUGGCGGCGGGUCGGAGCGGAGCCAUGGGCGGCGUCCAGGGGAGAGCGCCCGGCAGGAGGCCCCGGUCCCCCUCCAGCGAGACCAGAGACGACCCCCAGAGGAACCGACGAGGGAGAGGAGCCCCGCCGCAGAUCAACCCCCGAGAACGAGAGCGAGAGCGGGACAGAGAACGAGAGCGAGAGCGUGAGCGCCCCCUGGGGGACGCAGCCGCAGGGACAGAGAGGAAAUCAAGAAUCGACCAACUCAGGAGAGGAGAACCCAGCAGGAGCACAUCCUCUGACCGUCAGGAUUCUCGGAGUCACAGUUCCAGACGCAGUUCUCCGGACUCGGAGCGCCAGGCCCGGUCCAGGUCCAGAGCCGGGUCCUACGACAGCCGAGACCGGGACCGAGAGCCCCGAGCCCAGGCCCAGCCCGGGCACCCGCCUCACGCCGCCCACCCGCCCCACCUCCUGCAGAACCCGCCGGCGCCGGCGCAGACCCGGGACUGGGACCCCGACGCCCGAGACUGGAGCUGCGGACGAGGACGAGACCGAGAACCGCUCCUGCACCGACCCAACCGAGACCGCGACCGAGACGCCGCCCACCGAGGAGGAGACAGGGCCGACAGGGGCGACAGGGGGCAGGACAGGAGCGACAGGGGGCAGGACAGGGGCGACAGGGGAGAGUUUGAACCGCUCCUGCCCAGAGAAGCGUUCAGCCCCCCCCCGGAAAAACCAAACCACCAACCAGAACCCAGAGACGCCGGAAAGACCGAGAGUCUGGAGGCGGAGGACGAGGGCAAAGACGACGACGUUCAGUCUGUGGCUUCAGCCGGAGAAGUUUACGAACCGAUCAGCGACGACGAACUGGACGAGAUCCUCAACGACAGUCAGAAGAAAGACGAGCAGACGGACGACGAGAGGACCACAGGUGAGAGGACGACAGGUCCGGUGGACGUGAUCGACGUGGACUGGUCGUCUCUGAUGCCCAAACAGAAGAGUGGGCAGCGAGCGUCGGGGGCGGCGCUGCUCCGCUUCACUCCGGGCGCCGUCCUCCUCAGAGCCGGAAUCUCCAAACGCCUCGCGGGACCGGAACUCCUCGAGAAGGUCCGAGAGGUCUGCAAAGGAGAACUGGACGACCCCAAAGACGCAGACAAACUGUUUGAACACGACCUGGGGGCGCUCAACAUGGCCGCCCACAGCCGCCGCGUGGAGAGGGCGGGGCUUCUGAGGAACCUGGGGCCCUGCUGUAAAGCUCUGUGUGCCCGGAGAGACUUCGCCAUCCGGAGACAACUGCUCAAGAACGACAAGGGUUUGACGAAGCAGUACUUGACGACUCCGGUCGUGGAUAAUGAACUCUUUCAGAUGAGCGUCCGUCUGUUCAAACGAGCCGUGUCUGGAUCCGGACCGGGACCAGGACCGGGACCUGGACCGGGACCAGAAAGACCCCAGGACCCUGGACUCGGACCAGAGACCGGGACUAAACUGGAGUCCGGUCCGGCUGAAGUCUGUGUGACCUGAAGAAGACGAGGAGGAGGAGGAGCGUGUGGACUCUGAGACGAGGCUCACGCAGGUUUUUCUGUCAGUGCAGCGACUUCACCACAAACACCACGUUUCAGCAACAAAAAACUCAUAAAUCUGUCAGUAUUUUACUCCAAAAUUUAAUCUCAAUAAAUUUAAAUGUGUUCUUUAAAAACAGACUUGUGCCCACGAUGGAUUUCCCUGAACGCUGAAACUAAACGCGAUAAAAACCACGAAAAGAACCUGAAAAUAAAAACGCCUUAAAGAUUCACUGUGGAACUUUUCACGUGCAGAUUCUGCCACCGGCUCGUCUCCAUGGAGAUGUAAAUUACAUUUUUAGAGACGCGGAAAUGUUGGAAAAAAUGUCUGAAAAUACAAGGAUAAAAACAGGACCAAACCAGGACUGGAUUUGAAUAAAAACCCGGACUGAACCAGGUCUGGAUCUGGUCUGGAUCUGGUCUAAACUUUCCUUUGUCACAUCUUUUAUUAGUCCAGACUUUAAAUUGAAAGCUCAGAUCCAAAGAUAAUUUAUUUUCUAACAUUUUAAAGCUCCUAAAUUACGCAAAACUGACUCCUGUGAGCUUUAAUCCAGGUUCUAACGUUGUUCCCGCCUCAAAAACAAAUCUGGAGUCGUGUGUUUUGUUUGAGAGAAAAACUCUAAACUCUAAACUCUAAAAUGUGCAGCGUUCAAGUGUUAGACUUGUGAAUGAAACAAAACACAACAAUCCUUGUGUUGUUCGUUCAUUUGUUUUUCAAAAUAAAAAUAAAAAAAUGAAAAAAAAACACAAAUAUUUUCUUCUUUGUCUCUAAAACCAAAAUGAAAAACGAUAAAGAUUUGUUUUUUCAGUUUUUGAUUUUGUGUUUGAAUGAACUAAACUAGAAAAAAAAGAGGACUAAACCAGGUCUAAACCAGGUCUAAACCAGGUCUAAACCAGGUCUAAACCAGGUCUAAAACAGGACUAAAACAGGACUGAAAUAGGUUUGGGAAGAGACCAGAACCAGACUGGGACAGAGACAAAGACUUGGACCAGGUCGGCAUUGAGACCGGGACCAGACUGGGACUGAAACCGGGCUUGGACCGAGGCCGGGACCGAGGCAGGGACUGAAAACGGUUUAGUCCUGGUUCAGUCCAUUAUCCGUUUUUUCCAUUUUUCCCAUUUUUCAUUUAAAUACAAAAUCUAAAACUGAAAAAAAAUAAAAUAAAAAUCAUAAUCUGUUUUUUUUUUUUUUUUGGUUUGGAGACAAAUUAUAAAAUAGUUGUUUCAUUCAUAGUUCAUUUUUUCAUUUUUUGUUUUAUUUUAAAACAAAUGAACGAACGACACACAGACUCACAUCUCCGUUUGUGUUUUUGACGAGUAAACAACUUUAGACCAGCCCAGAAAACGCUGAAAUAUGAACCUUAAACUGCCAGAUUUGUUAGAAAAUAAGUGAUAUAAAUGUGAAUAAAUAGAAUUGUGUGUUUUUUUAGUUUUGUCUGAACAUAAACUGAUAUUUCUGACGGGAGUUUAAUCAGAAGUUGUGUAUAUUUGCGGACAGAUUUGCGUGUGCGCUGACAGUCGAGCGAGUGCGUCUCGUCUCUCACACUUUCAUGUAUUUUUGUUUUUACAGACUGAAAAACUAAAACAUCCACUAAAAAAACUAAAAAAACAGUUUAUAGUUUCUUUGACUUUGUGACCAGAAUCAUCGUGUCAUGAUUUGGAGCCGUGGACUUUGUCUCGAUGGAAGACGAUUCAAAACACUUCAACUUCAACUGUCGCCGCCGUCAUGUUUAAAACAGAUUUUUACUCUCACUUUAUUAUUAACACUUUUGUUUUUCAUUUUGUGCAUAAACUGUAUUAAACGGUUGAUGUCGAAAA